UUAAGUAAAAAAACUACCUCCUUUAGAUGUAAAGACAGUAGCUACGCAUAUUGACGAGUCGUAGGUCUUUUUCGAAGUGACUUUGAAGUAAAUUAAACAAAAUAACAUUGUGUACCCGCCGAAACAAAUAGAGUACCAAUUCACACUCGAGUGCUAUAAAAAACACCAUUCUGAGAGUGAAGAUGGAGAAUAAAGACACAGCAAUGGCUUUGAUUCGACAUUAUUGCAAUGAAAAAUAUUUCAAUCAUGUUGCUAAUGCCACAGCAACUGCACAGAAAAAGUUUCGAAAUGAGCCGGUCUUCAGUGUCUUCCGCGCAUAUGGCGCUUUGAUGCAAGGUCAAGUUCGACAAGCUGCAGCUGAGUUGGACACGAUAAAAGAUCGAUCAGAUGUGUCUCUCUGCUCUCUCAUGGCACUCAUCUACGCUGAGAAAAAAAAGACGACACCAGAUAGAGAAGUUAUUCGCGAGCUUGAAACUAAAAUGAGAGAGGAUCGCAAAAGUGCAUCUCCCCAGAGUCUUUACUAUGCAGGGAUGUUUCUUUGGCUAUUGGGUCGAAAUGAUAAAGCGAGGGAAUACACGGAACGAAUGAUCAAACUCACCAAUAACACCAAAGAGGGGAUAAUUCUGAAAGCAUGGAUAGAUGUGACGUGUGGGAAAGAUGACUAUGUCAGAAAAGCUGGGAAAUUAUUUGAUGAAGGCCUGAAAGAUGGAGCAGAUGUUUUUGCUCUAAUGGGAAAGGCACAAUACUUUGAAAAUUGCCAAAACUACUCAGAAGCAUUAGGAGUGGUUAAUAAGGUCAUUGCCAGUUUCCCUGGGUUCUUACCAGCGCUUAUUAAGAAGAUGACACUUUUUUUAAAUCUCCAAGACUGGGAACAAACCACGGAGGCAGCAGUAAGAGUUCUGCAAAUGGAUGCAAAUAAUCUGAAUGCUCUACAUCUUCUAACUCUGCAUUCAUUAUGUAUAAAUGGAGAUAUGACUGAGUCAAUUACACAUCUCACCAACCUCAUUAAAAGUCUGGAGGUGCAAGAACCACACAACCCUGAACUCGCUUACAGGAUGUCUCUGGCAUUCAGUCGAGUCUGUGGACGAAAUGAGAUGGUGCUUGAGCAGGUGUUCAAAAUAGUGGAAAAAGCAUUCAGCGAGAUGCAAGGAAGCUCAGAUUUCGCGGCAGAGUUGGGCUAUCUCAUGCUUCUUCAGGGGAAAAUCAAGGAGGCUGUGAAGUGGUACAAGACAGCCAUGACAUUGGAUGAGAUGAGCCUCACUGCACUCACUGGUAUAAUUUGGUGCCAACUGAUUGAGGGUUGCGUUGAGGAAGCUGAGAAAGAUUUGGAAUUUUUGACGGAGGUUCAACAGACCACUGGAAAAUCAGGGGAAAUCCUGUACUUGCUUGCGCUGGUAGCAAUUAAAAAGCGCCGUCCCCAAGAAGAGAUAACCAAGCUUCUAAAAGAUGCAGUAGAAACCCACUUUUCCACUCUCCAAGGUCUGCCUUUAACUGUGGGGUACUUUCAGAAGAUGAACCCUGACUUCCUCUUACAGAUUGUCAAGGAGUAUCUUGCUCUGUGUCCUUCUAAGCCUUCAGGUCAGGGCCAGUCUUUUGCCCCACAGCUCAGGCACUGUGCUUCCUUGUUGGAUACAGUUGUCAGGGUUGUUCCAGGUCUCCUUCAAGGGGUCUUCUUGCAAGCCAAAGUCAGAUAUCAGUCUGGUAAUGUGGAUGCUGCUCAGAACAGUCUACAACACUGCUUGGAACAAUGUCCUUCGCAUACAGAUGCUCAUCUGCUCAUGGCACAGAUCCACUUGUUGCGGGGUAAUUUCACUUUGUGUUUCCAGUCGCUUGAACUCUGCCUCAGCCAUAACUUUGAGAUUAGAGAGCAUCCAUUGUACCUCCUGAUCAAGGCUCAAGCUAAGAAGAAAAUGGGUGAGCUGACAGAAGCCAUUCAGAUUUUGCAAUUGGCAAUGAAUCUUCCAGGUGUCUACAAGGCUGAAUCCUUAACCAUGUCCAAAAACAAAAUCGUACUGAGUUCUGCAGAUUGUGUCUGUGUCUUCUUGGAAUUAGCUGAGGCUUUGCGGCUCAGUGAUAAACAGGUCCAGUCUCUUCAACGAUCUGAAUUUGAUCACUCAUGGCAAGAAGCAGCCAGUGUAAUGCAGGAUGCAAUCAAUAAAUUCUCUGGUACUCCUGAAGAGCUCCGAGUCACUAUUGCAAAUGUAGAUCUAGCGUUGUCACAAGGUGACACAGAGUUGGCACUGAAUAUGCUGAGAAACAUUACACCUGAGCAGCUCUACUACAUUCAAGCUAAGGAGAAAAUGGCAGAUAUUUUCCUGAAUCACAAAAAAGAUAAGCGUCUGUAUGUAAGCUGUUACAGGGAAAUAGUUGACAAGAUACCCAGUCCUCACACAUACGUCUUACUUGGAGAAGCUUACAUGCACAUUUUAGAGCCAGAGAAAGCCAUUGAGGUUUAUGAGCAUGCUUUGGAGAAAACACCGGAAGAUGGAGCUCUAGUGAGCAAGUUUGGCAAAUUUCUGAUCAAGACUCAUUACUUUGACAAAGCAUUACAUUACUAUGAGGCUGCAUUGAAGACCGGACAUCAGAACUUUCUUCGCUAUGACCUGGCCGAGUUGCUGAUGAAGAUGAAACAGUAUGAACGUUGUGAGAGUGUUCUUCAUGAUGCUCUGUCUCAUAAGCCAGUGAAUGGACUAGGUGCACUCUCAGAUGAUUGUCGUUGCUUGAUGUUGCUGGCAAAGGUCCAAAAUAGGGUUGACAAAGCUGAAGAGGCUUUAAUAUCACUACAAAGGGCACGGGACGUUCAGGCCAGAGUGCUGAAGCGGGUGCAAUUGGAGCAGCCAGACAGCUUCGACGUACAGAAGCAACUUGCUGCCAAGAUCUGCACUGAGAUCGCUCAACACUACACCAGUCAGAGGGUCUACGACAAAGCAAUCGAGUUUUAUAAAGAAUCCCUUAGCCAUUGUGAGACUGAUCAUAAGGUGAUGCUGGAGUUGGCCCAGGUAUUCUUCAUUUUAGAUGAUAUUGAUGCAUGUCAGGAACAGUGCAGCGUUGUCUUGAGGAAUGACCACUUUAAUAAAGAUGCAACUCUGAUGAUGGCUAAUCUUAUGUUCAGGAGAAAAAAUGACGAGCAAGCACUUUUCCAUUAUAGGCAACUCUUGGAGUGCAAUCCAGAUGACUUCUCAACCGUAUCACGUCUCAUUGACUUGUUGAAGAAGGCAGGGAAGUUAGAUGAGAUGCCCAGAUUUUUUGAAAGGUUAGAAAACAAUUCUACCAGGCUUGCAUUCGACCCUGGGUUUCACUACUGUAAAGGACUUUAUUUUUGGUACACCGGACAACCGAAUGCUGCCCUGCAUCACUUCAACCAGGCUAGAAAAGACACAAAGUUGGGUCAAAAUGCUGUUCAUAAAAUGAUUGAAAUCUACCUUAAUUUCAACAAUGACAUUAUGGGAGUGGAAAUAUCUAACCUAGAUCUUAGAUUUGGCAGCACUACAGAGAAGCAGGAGAUGGAGAGGAUUUCUGUGACAACAGCUCAUCAGCUCUUGAAGGAGAUAAAGCCAGAAACACCUGAAGGACAUUUAAAGCUUCACAUACUGGAGAACUACUGCUUACUGGCCACUAAACAGGAAGUCAAUAUAAAAAAAGCCCAUUCUGUUUUCACAGAACUCGCAACGAAUGUAAAAGGACGCGUACCAGCACUACUAGGCAUCGCAACAGCUUCAAUGAUGUUGAAACAAAUGCCUCAAGCUAGAAACCAACUAAAACACAUAACAAAGAUGAUAUGGAAUAUUGUUGAUGCAGAGGAGUUUGAAAAGAGUUGGCUCCUCCUGGCGAACAUUUACAUUCAUUCGGGGAAGUAUGACUUGGCAGAUGACCUCCUCAAGAGAUGCCUCAACCAUAACAAGUCAUGCUGUAAGGCUUAUGAGUAUCGGGGUUUCAUUAUGGAAAAUGAGCAAGCAUUCUGUGAUGCAGCAUUCAACUAUAAACUGGCUUGGAAGUACGGAAAUCAAUUCAACCCAACUGUUGGAUACAAACUUGCCUUGAACUAUUUAAAAGCAAAACAGAAUUUUGAUGCCAUAGAUGUGUGCCAUAAGGUGCUUGCUACUCAUCCCAAUUUUUCAAAAAUUAGAAUUGACAUCUUGGACAAAGCGUGUGCUGCGUUAAGGCCAUAGGAAUUUGAGUCCCAGUUUUUGUGACUUAAACUUACUUUGCAGUAUUUGUUGAGUAGCUUGUUCAAUUUGGGAUGAACAUCAUGUUUCAAUCUUUGGAUCAAUGUUUGAAGUAAGUUCUAUCUGUCUACUACUCGAACAUGUACAGAUGUAAGUGGGCUGAGUGGUAGUGUAGUGUUCCUGAAUUCAUAAUAGUCAAAUAAAAACCCUAAAUUUGAAACUGAGUUCAGUUCAGUUCAGUAGCAGCCUUAAAAAAAAAUUAAAAAAAAUCAAACAAAUGCUGUUUCUUUGACUAGCAAAAUCAGUACCAAAACAACAAAAUCCAGCAGAACUUUGCUGGAAUUGGUAUGUUCGGUACUGGUCUUGCUGAAACAAGGAACCAACAUAUGCAAGAUUUCUUAGCAGAGAGGCGUGCCAUAGCUCUAGCUAUAACUGAACAAUAAAAAUACUAGUGAAAGUUCUAACCAUGGCAUUAGUUGCCCGUAUAGUUCAAAAUCAUUUUCACAAUGUCUUUCACAAUGUGACACUAUCAAAAUGUACAAGAUGAAACUAUUUCGCUCACUUAUCUUGCUUUACAAGACACUACCAAAAUGUACAAGAUGAAACUAUUUUCGCUCACUUAUCUUGCUUUACAAUGUAAAAAGCUAAAUGUUAGCCUACCUUUAAAUGUUAUUCAGUUCUUGGUAACACUUUACGAUAAGGGUCCCUUAAUUAACAUUAGUUAAACAUUAGUUAUUGUCUAAAAAAUGCAUUAAGUAACGUAAUAAUUCAUAUAAUCCAUUAUUUAAAUGAACAUAUUUAUGACCAUUAGUAAUGCAUAAUCAGACUGUAACUAAAGUAAUGGUUUAGUACUAUUGAAAAAAUUAAUAUGAUGCAAUACCUAACAUCAAUUGACAAAUACAUUUGUAAAUUAAUACACAGUUAUUAAUGUGAACUGGUAUGACUAAGUAAAUAUAUUCUUCAAAAUUGGGAAAUGUUGCUCUGUGAGUCAUUUGGUGUUGCUAACCUGACUUGCAGUACGGUAUUAUUUGACGUUAGUUACUAAUAUUGAUCUUAAAAUAUGCGUACAGGUGACUCAUAAGUAUUAAUUAACCAUAGUUAGCUACUACUGAAUACUGUUUGGACCCUUAUUGUAAAGUGGACCACAUGUAACCCUUGGGUAGCAGAUAAACUGAGACAAUAACAGUUCAAAUAAGGGAAGUUGAAGCAAUCACAACCAGAGAUUUGUACAUAAUAUAUUGAAAACAAAUAAACAUUAUUCAAGGUGACAUCUUAACUUUAACUGUUAUAUGCAAAAAUGCACUUCGGCAAUUACCAAUAGGUAAUAGAUUGUAAUAGGUAAUAGGUGUACACACAACUAACUUAAAUUAAUUCAUAUAUUAAUUAAUCUUAGAUAAGGGAUUAUGUGACUUAUUAUAAUGUUACUUAAACAUUAGUUAUUGUCUAAAAAUGCAUUAACUAAUGUUAUUUAAAGGACCCUUAUUGUAAAGCGUUACCCAGUUCUUAAUGUGAACAAGACUAUUUUUAACAGCUAUAUUAAUUCCUUCAUGGUUUCAAAAACACAUUUCAUUAUUAAAUGUUGAUAUUGGCUCAACUGUAUUGAGUUAUGUAGUACAUUAGGGUGAUGUCCUGUUUUGCCCUUGACGCGUCCACUUUUCACGUUCUGUCCGUGGCGUCCGGCCGAGUUUUAUGAAUUCAUGAAAAUGUAAGGUUUUCAUUCAUUUUAACGGGGCCACUUUGCACAGAAUACUACGGUACUGUGCUGCCCAUAAAGUGUUCCCAGAGAGCCUGCCCAGUAGUUAAGUUUUUUCAUGAUCAAUAUGUAUAUAAUCAAAUGCUUAUGUACCCAAAAGAGUAAGUCGAAAGUACCUUUAUUCUACUAUGGAUACGAAUUUGCGCAUGCUUGCGCAGUCACAGACUCGGUUUAUCAUGGCGUUAACUGUCAAUUCUCAUUCACAAAACAAACCUUCGUCACGACAGGAGCUCACAGGCUACAGGUACACUUGCUAAACUUACUUUUUGGCAAUUGUUGACUUCUGUCAGAGCUUUGUACUGGCGUGAUAUGUAAAGUCCCGUAUGAUGAUGCAUCUUUGCGCUGCCGAUGAUUGUAAACUUUUAUAGCAAUGUUUGAUUUUGCCUCGGCUACCGGUGCUCGCUAAUAGGGUAGCUAUCAGUGAGCUAAGCCGUGCUAGGCAUUCUGGGAAAUGUAAUUUUGAACUGCUGUGUUUGGAAACGUGCUGGUUGAAUAGUUUGUCAGCUUAUUCCGGUUAUUGUUUGCAUGCAAUUUAGUUCAUUAAAUGAGAAUAAAAAUUGAAUGGGAAUAACAAUUUGUCAACGACAGUUGUCGUGAUAGUAAUUUAUAAAAAUGUUUAGUUGGCACAUAGCCUGCUGUGUGUGUGUAUUGUUGAUAGGACUACAUUUCCAUAGGUCUGUAUUAUAUUAUUAUUUUUUUUUUAUCUUCAUUUAUUUUAAUUUUUUUUGCCUUUUAACUGUUUAUUUUUUAGGAAGAAUAAAGCAUGUUGAGUAACCUCUGAAUUGUGCUUUGGUUAUAUAUUAUACGGCUUGUUUUUUUUUUUUUAAUAUAACUGAUUUUUUUCUAUCCAGAUGGAGGAGCUACAUGUUAAAUAUGUCAAAGUGAUAUAGAGACGUUUGAGUGAAAUACAAGUAAAAUUCAAAUAUCUCGAGGCCGGGCCGGGCCGAGUGUCCUCUUUUUUUGGAAAUCAAAAUAUGUUCACCCUAUAAGUACAUGCCUAGUCUCCCCUGGUGUCUGUCACAGCAUUAUGCAUUUUUUACCGUGGAAUUUAAAUUUCCAUCCGGCGUAAUUGUUGCUCCAUCAUUAUGUAACGGCGCGCAUUGACUGAUAAGUUUGAACUGGUGACGUUUACAGUUUUAAUUCAAUAGCGGGAGCAGCAUGUGUCCUGCACGGGUACAACUGUUCCAGGAGAGACCUUUCCAGGCCGUGUCAGAUAUUAUUUAGCCACUAACUGUGGCACAUAAUCGUUAACUCUCUGCAGCACACAUCAAUGGAAGCGCAAAUCACAUUGCUGUCAAGCUGAGGCAGCUGUCUGUGUCGUGUAGCGAACAAUGUAGUUUUACAGAUAUGAUCAGAUAUUGUCGCGAGCCAUUCAAGUGACGUAGACAUUGUCAAACAUAGAAGAAAAUUAGCAUUAACCAUGUAGAGGGUAGUUACAUGAGUGAGGUGUUUGUACAUCGCAAAAAGCCAUAAAUAUUGCAUGUGCUGCUGCACUUACAAAAUAAUGCUUCUGAAAAGCUUUUAGAGGAAAGACUGUGGAAUAUGCACGGCUCAGUUGAACUGCAGUAGCAUUCUAAUGGCCAUCUCCAUUGUGGUUUCUAUGAGCUGUUAUUGAUCAAGUCGUACUUGAGUCAUACUCAAUGAUGCAGGCCCUUGCUAAAGAACUUUUUUAUUUCUUGUUUCAAUUUGUCACCCAAUUAGUGUGAACUGCCUGUGCAACGUGGUACCAAUUCACAAUAAUUAUCUACUUCAGAAUUCAAACUGGACAAGGGCCUAGUUAUGCCUUUUUGGAGGGAGUGGUUCAAUUUAAACUGCAAUUAAGCGGUUGAGAGGGAGUGCAUGUGUCACUUGGCCAUAAGGGAGGAAGGUUCAGAGGAACUCACCACAACCUAAUCUAAUGGAAUCGUCUUCCCAUCUUUGGCAAAUAGAAUUAGAGCUCUUAUGGGUUGCAUUCUCAGAUUUCUUUGUUAUUUUACUGCACUCCUCCUUUUAUACUCGAGGCAAGAUCCAAGUCGGCGUGCUUUCACUUAGGAGUUUCUUCCUUUCACUGUAAUGCGGUUCAACCGGGAUAGUUGGCACGUUGCUCCCAAGCUUGUCAGCAGAAUCCGGAGUAUGUAGUUUACAUCCUGUAAGGGGGUUGGGGUCACAUUUUCAAUGUUAUGUUUGCAAGUACUAAAUAAUACGUAAAGUCAUAGGCUCAGCUCCUGGGGCAACUAGUAUAUCACUCCUCUGUGUGAGAUGGGACUUGAAACAAUCAAUAAUUAGUCACCAUUCUUAUAUUUACUGGACUGAGGGAUUAGCUGUCACAUGCAGUAAGAAGCAUGCUGGACCGUAAUAAAUAUUUUGACUAUUAUCAAUAAUUAAUAAAAUACUCAACCCACUUAAGAUCCUAAUUGUUUCCGGCAGAAGCCGCAAAACACACUCACAAACCAGAAUAGAGCUCGUUCAAGAGGGAUUAGCUGAAACAUAAUACUCAUUAUAUUCUGUUAAGAAAAACAAUACGAUAAAAACGUGGUAAAUUUGAAGAAAAAAAAGACACAACACUGGAAUUUUGUCGAUGUAAAUGAUUACAUUUUUAUCCAUAUGAAAUAAUACAAAUAUUGACUGCUGUUUUAUCUGACCUAUUUCAUUAUUUAGAUGGAUACUAGUAAGCACGUGCAAAUGUAAGACAAAGUAAAUUACUGCAUGGCAAUUUUUGCCCCCAGAUAGAUAUAGGCAGUUUUUAUGAUAAAGUAAUAAUAAACACUAAGAUGUUCUUCAAUAUUACAAUCUUGUAUUAGAAAGCUUAUAGUUGAUAUUUCAGAAAAACAAAGGAUAUUACAUAGAUAAAAUCAAUGGUGUUAAAUGAGAAAAUAACUGUAUUUGCCAUACUUGAGGUACAAGUCAUCUUUAUUCUUUUGGCUUUCCACUGAAACGAGUUAUAGCAGUGUCUUGCAUGCAGUAUAUUUAUACACUACAAGCAUUAUGCAUAUUACUGAUGGGAGAUAUUUGAGUCUGUGUAAUCAAAUCUGUUUGUUAACAAGGUCAACACAAUGUAUGUAUUGAAUGAUUUAAUUACAUGCAAAACAUAUUCACAUUUAUGUAAUGUUCUCAUAACAUGGUAUAGUAGAUGAAAUUUUCUAUAUGGUAGCAACCAACCCAAUGACAAAAACUACACAAUAAAAUGUAAACAAGUAGGAAACCACCAGAGAGUAAGGCAGGGGUAUCCAACUCUGGUCAUGGAGAGCCCCUAUCCAGCUUGUUUUCCAUGUCUCUAAAUCAAAUGAUCAUCAGCAAGCUCAGCUUUUAGGAUGCUCAAAUUGUCCCCACCAACUUUUAAGCAACCUUAUUUGCAUUAUCAGUCAUGUUGAGUUCAGUUAUAUAGGUAAUUUAGAUUGUCGUGUAAUGAUAGAAUAGACCCUACCAUUAU